AUGGGAGUAUUAAGGGCUUCACCCCAAUCGCACAUGACCUGUGAGGCUCCGUUUCUGGUAGGGAAGUCCAUUAUCGUUAGGAAGGCCGUGACAAGGCGCAUGGACGCGUCGGUAGCCCCGUCUCCGAGCGGGGUCGUGUUACUCUCGAUCCCGCUCAGCAGCCUCUUUCUUAAUCAUCAAAGUCUCUACUGUAUGCUACUGCGCUCCACGCCGUUUCUCCUGACAUCAUCGCCGACACGACUGCUGGCAGAU